AUGAUCUCAAACAACGAAGAUAUCAGCGCUGAACUAGAUAAAGUUGUAUGCCGCCUCACGAAGUUGGCGUUGCGCACCGCCAGGAGGCGCCAGCAACCGUUGUCUAAUAGAUGGAUGCAAUGCAAGCUGCUCGAUCUUCUCAACCUUACUGAAAAAGCUAUAGGAAAAAAGAGACAACUAUACACAGAGAUGAACCCGCUGAAGGCUAUCUGUUACGAGAAAGCAAAUGCGUCGGAGGAGAGCCGAGAAUUAAGCUAUGAUGUAAUGGAAGAUGAUUUAGCAAAUGUAUUUUUGGAUCAAACAUCAUCUACGGAACUAAAUUUCGAAGAAAUGAUACGAUUUCCAUCUUUGAUUGACAUUGAGCCGAUAAGUCCUGUGCAUUCACCUAAACACUAUUCAAAGGUGAUUCCAUUGUCUUGCUUAAAAGCGUGGGCAGAUGGUAAUGAUAAAGUGCUUGUAUAUUCAGUACAGAACAGUAGUCACUGUAUUAGUUCUGGCGAUACUGAUCACAGUGCUUGUAACAUAACUGCCUUUAGAAAUCAGAAAAACAACAAGAAACGAAGAGGAUCAGCUGGGAGAAAACCUGAUCUAGACUUGAGACAUAGAAUCAAAACGCCGAGUAAAACUUCAUACGGCAAACGUCGAGGAAACAGAAAAAGCAAUGGCCACCAUGAUAAUAAUGAGAGCGUAGAGCAAAACGUAAAAAAGAAACCGAGUUACAAUAUUUUAGAUAAAAAUAGUCAUCAAAGAUUAUCUGCAGCAGAUGUCAAAAAAUAUCUUUACAAAGGAAAGAAGAGCUACAAACAUAUGUUACAAUCACGUUCGAGGCCGAUCUCGCCAACUUUAAUACAGUUUUGUCAUCCAAAUACUGAAAAUGAAAGGGAUAGUGCUUUGAAAGAGUCUAGUACAGAUUUAAUUGAACUGGCUCCAAACAAUAUUGAUGAUACCAUUGCUAUAACGAAAGAAAGUCUAUUGAUUGAUAUAAUUACAGAAGAUAAUGAAGAAACGAUAGCUUUAAGACGUACAAUAGGGACUGAUGCUGAGGACGAUUUAUUAAUAUUUGAAAAUGAACAAGAGCAUACUCGUGGGAGUAUGACAAAUGUUAUGAAUAUUGACAGUUUCAACGAUAAACCUAUUAAUGGAUCAGAAGAAAUCCAUUCUCAAACUCUAUUUCUUUAUGACAUUAAUGAACCAAGCACAUCUAAAGGAAUCAGACAUGUUAGUAUGGACGUACAAUGUGGUCCCGAGUCGGAUAAUAAUUACGCGAUGUUAUCUUCAACUACAUCGUUCACAAAACGCCCUCAAAUAUUCAAUGCUGGCUUAAAAAUUGUUAAUUCUUUUUCGGAUGAACAAGAACAUGUAAUAAAUUGCGAUUUUGGCACCAGCACUAACGAAAAUUUUGAUUCUUGUAAAGAAAUAAGUGCUAAACGAAAAUUUACUGGAAUCAAGAUAAAGGAUUCUGAAACAAAAAUCACCAACAAAGUGGAAACUGUGACACAAGAAACUAAUACAAAUCUUAAUAUAUCAUCAAUACUGAACUUGGUUUCUACUACGGAAACAAGAAUUCUCGAAUCUGUAUCGAGUCACUAUAAAAUCGAAGAUUCCGGGUCAGAAUUAUGUGACAGUUUGUCUAGUUCCCAAAGAAGUCCCCUACAUUUUAUGAAUUUUGCAAAAGAUACAAGUGGAUUUCCAAUUAAAUUGACCGAAGAUGUUGAACUUGAAAGCAAAUUUUCGCAUAAAUUAAUUCGUCCUAAACUUAGCAAUGGUGGUGUUUACGUUCAUAGUUAUAAGGAGAGGCAAAUGAGUGAAGAUGUGGUUUAUCAAGGAGAUUGGCAAAGGUACACAACUGUAGCUGCCCCAAAGAAAAAAAGUUGCAAUGUUGUUACUAACAGAACUUUAGAACUAAAUAAAAGAAUAAGAAAUGAUAAUAAGGACAAUGCUUGUACUAAUAAAAAUAUCCGACCUGCAACUGUAAACCUAGUUCGAAAUAAUAAUGUGAAAAACGUGAAACAGGUAAAAAAGAUGCCGACAGUAAACAAUAUGGCUAAAGUAACAAGUUGUAAUAAGAACGCGACCAAGGUAGCCUCAAAAUUAACUUCUAAGCGUCUACUGUCUAAAAAAUCUUCUACUAUAAUAAAAAAACCUCCCAAGACACCUACUAUGCUAAAAACAGAAAGUGAGGUCAUGCCAAAACCACGAAGAAAAAGUUAUAUACCGUUAUAUUUAAAACGAAAGUUAUCUACAAAUAAUCAUCAAAAUGAACAUUUAGAUUGUGGCGAACAAAAUAAAAACGAAAAAGUGAUUGUCAACAAAAAAGUCGAGAGAAGUGUUAAUGAAAUUAAAACGGUAUUGUUAAAAUUUAAUCCUGAGCCAAACGAAAGUGUAAACUACGUAGUAUUUAAAAAUGAAAUCGAGACUAAUAAUCACUGUUCUACUGAUAGUGAAAAUAUAUUCAAUUCUGAUAACGAUGACGAAAGAACGAAUGACUCUAAUAAACGAUCCCCGAGUCCACAAUCAUUUAAUAGUUCUGCGGGAUCAUCCCCCAACAGUAUAGCUACUGUUAGAGUUCGACCUACGUUAAGGUUAGCCGACAAACGACAUUCGAAUUCUUCGAACAGAAGUAAUCAAGGAUUAUUUCAAACGGAGAACACUGAAAUCAUAAACAAAAAACUAACAAAAAAAUGCAAAAGCGUUAAAAAAUAUCAAAACAAUAUUUCCGACAACAAAGAAAACUUACCAGAAUCUUCAAAGAGAAAUAAAGAUAUAGCAUUUAGUAGCACUUUUUCGAAAAACAAAAGCAUUUUUAGAGCACAAAUAGCUUCGGAAAAUCCACAGUCUGCAAAUAACAUUGUAAAUAGACGCAAAUCAACAAAUAAAGCUAAUAUAAAAAUACCAUCUGUUCCAAGUUUUACCGGCAAACAUUCGAUUAGUGGGACUUCUACGAUGCCAUCUUUGUCUCCAGAAAACAAAAGUCUGAAAGAUUCCUUUAACACAAAAAAAGCUGUAAAUUCAAUGAUCCAAGACUCUGAAAUAGAACAAAAUAGUGUUAUUAUAAACAUCGUCGACAAUAAUUUAUUAACCGAAUGGAUGACUACUACUCAAACCCUUAUCGCUGAAAGCCAGUCGAGUAAUAUAGCAUCAGCUAUGAGACAGCUAGUUGAAGAAAGAUUAGAAUUUAUUGAAAGAUUAUCUGACAAUGAUGCAGAAGCUGAUUCGAGAACAGUUCAAAUGAGUGAAAGGUGUAAUAGUGUACCAGCUAGCGAUACAACUAGCUUUCAUGAUGCUACAUCACUCAAUAGUAGUUAUGGUACAGUAAUGGGAUUUAAUGAUUAUACUCAAAUAGUGGACUGGAAUGAAAUGGAUUUAGACAAUAUUUUUUUCGAUUCAGUAGUUUAUAAUGAAUAUGAUCCUGCUGUCGAUAAUGAUUCUAUCAUAGGCAUCACGGGUACAAAACCCAAUGUGACAGAUUUAGAAUUGUUAUCAUUUAAUUCAAUAGCGUCUGCUUCCAAGGUAUCAGAAUAUUUUUUAGCAGAGGGUUCCUCAAAUAAUGACUCAGACAUACAAAAUUCUGUUACGCCUGCAGAUAAUUGCGUUCGCGAUAUAUUUGAAAGAAAAGCUCCACUAUCAAUAGAGAGUCCAGCGGGCCGUUUGACGAUACAAGCAUUUAGUGGUUUAUCGAUGAAUGCUGCACCUGCAGCGCGAGUUCUACAAGAUCACGUGAAUUUAGUGGAUUCUGAGACAGGUAGUAUAGCGAGAGACCAUGUAAGACAGACUACCUCAGAAGAGGUGUUUGUAUCGGGCAGAUCGUCAGGUAGUUUUGACUCUUGUGUGAUAAAUGAAGACGCCGUGGUACCAGAUUGGCUUUUUCGGAUCAUAAGCCAACAACAAGCGCUUGAAGAGGAUGAAGAUGAAAAUGAUGACGAAGACGAAGAUGAAGAGGAAGAAUCUGAACAUUUAAUACCAAUUCAGUUACCCCUUGCUGAGCCUAUAUACGACGUAAACGGUAAUGCGGUAGAGCCCGGAAUGGGGGCAGGCGCGGGAGCAGGAGACGGACGUGGCAUCCACAGUGACCAUUCCCAAGAUAGCUCUGGGCGUGGAACUUCACUCAGCUCUAGCGUAACGUCAUCUGGGCCUCAAAGUGAAGCAAUACUGAUCGAUCCGACCGCAUUCACGAUGCCGUACGAUCUAAUUAGAGAACCAGCUAGCAGCUCUUCGAUUAUCGUGUCUCAAUUGCCAACACAUUUCGAAGCAGCGGAUACUUCGCGUGCUACAGCCGAAGGUCCAAUGAAUUCAAGGAACGCUGCUAUUCUAAAUUCUAGCGGGGAUCCUCAAAUACUUCCCGUCCGUGCUGCGAGCGAUAUCGAUGCCGACAUCAGUUCCAUCGACACUGACGUACCCGACUCAUCUGACAACUGA